GCCCGCCGCCGCAGUCAUGACCCGGGCGGCGCUGCCCUCGCUCCUGCUGCCGCUGCUGAGCCUGGCCACCGCCGCCGUCGCGGACUGUCCUUCAUCCACCUGGGUUCAGUUCCAAGACAGCUGCUACAUUUUUCUACAAGAAGCCCUCAAAGUGGAAAGCAUAGAAGAUAUGAGAAAUCAGUGUAUUCGCCAAGGGGCAGACAUGAUAAGCAUACACAAUGAGGAAGAAAAUGCUUUUAUACUAGAUACUUUGAAAAAACAAUGGAAUGGCCCAGAUGAUAUUCUGCUAGGCAUGUUUUAUGACACAGAUGAUGCUAGCUUCAAGUGGUUUGAUAAUUCAAACAUGACAUUUGACAAGUGGGCAGACCAGGAUGGUGAAGACCUAGUUGACACCUGUGGUUUUCUGUACACCAAGACAGGAGAAUGGAAAAAAGGAAACUGUGAAGUUUUUUCAGUGGAAGGAACACUUUGUAAAGCAGCAAUCCCAUACAACAAGAAAUAUUUAUCAGAUAACCACAUUGUAAUAUCAGCUUUGGUGAUCGCCAGCACAGUAAUUCUUGCAGUUUUGGGAGCAGUUAUUUGGUUCCUCUACAGAAGAAACUCUGACUUGGGUUUCACCACAGUGUUUUCAACUGCACCUCAAUCACCGGAUAAUGAUGACUGUGUUUUAGUAGUUGCUGAAGAAAAUGAGUAUGCUGUUCAACUUGACUAAAUGUCUGAUAAUACUAGAUAGAACUAAAUACGUUCACACUGACUGCUCUGUAAGUUUUAAUAUAAAAUGUGACAUCAAAAAUUAA